CCAUAAGGUUUACUGUCCUUCAUUGUCUAAUAACUACAGCAUGAAAAAUGGUUUCUUUUAAUCUUUGAAUAAUUUUUUUUGCCAAAUUAUAAUUUUUUAUUAUUAGCCUACAUGUUUUAUAAUUAAUAAUGUUGUUUUGUUGUGUAAUAAUAAUCAGAAGUACUAUUAAAUACUGAAAUGCAUGUUUUUAACGUACUUUUUUCUUUGUUUUUCAGACAAAACCAAACAAGUAAGAGGCGUUACUUUCUGUUUGUACGAGUUUUGGACAGAUUUAAGGAAGUCUUAUCUCGACCUUGAACCAGGUCAUAAAUAAUCAUCUGACCAAAGUUAAAUCUUUUGUUUGGAGACGUGUCAGUUCAGUCCCGUCUAGUCUUCCCUUCACUCCUGAUGUGUUUUCCAUCUGUGUUUGAGAAGAAACAAUUUAACCCAAAACUACUUUUUAUUAAAGCCAGUUAAUUUAAGAUUAAACCUUUUUUUAAACUGCAAGAUAUACUUGUUUGGGUUGAAGAGAGCUGCAGCAACAGAGUUGUGAACGAGCCCAGCUCUUUCUCAUCUGCAGAAUUCUGACCUGUUUCAGCAGUUUUCCCCCAUUGGUGCGACCUUCAGACAUUUGUUGACCUCAGCUGACCCUUGGUUGGAGACCAGGUUCCAGGGGCUGCCCUUCAGCCUUAAACAGGUAGCAGCCUGCGUGCCAAGGCCUCAUCUCUCCAACCUAUGACAACAAGCAGAAUCAGGUGAAGCUCUCAGAAAGUUGGUCCUGAUCCUCAUCGUUGGCUCACCUCAAAGCUCACAAACACAAAUUGGUUCCAAUUUUGAUACUGAACUUUAUAAACCGGUCCAUUUAAAUGCUUGAAUCCGUUGUUCUCAACUAUAUUCAGUUGGUAAAUCCCUGAAACGAUGUCCGAUCUCCUGAAUAACCCACGUUCCUCUGGGACCCCAAGUUUCAUAGAGCAGUAUGAACUUUUCAGAGCAGAACCAGACAAGAGAACUCAAAGACCGUCUCCUCUUCUUGGACUGAUGUCCAGCCUGAACCUGCCCGGCAGGACUGGUAAAACUGUCCAACCACUCAUUGCUUUCCACCAACUCAAACCUAAUGGAGCCGCAGGAGAGGAGGGCACACAAAGUUUUGUGGAUUUGAGUAGAACCAGGGAGGAGGCGAGACAAGAUCCUGUUGACUGGGGUACAAGAUUUACCAGAGACGCGAGUGUAACCUUGUAUCCUAUGUGCUCAACCUCCCAAGGACAGAGAAACUCGACUUUUGAAGAUCCGUCUAAGUCUAAGGUUUUAUUGUCAUGUUUUCCAUCUGGAUCUCUAAGCACAAGUGAGAAUAAUCGACACAAAACUGAAUCCGUUACAAACUUGUUGGGCAGUGAGUCCAGCUGCACCAAGUAUACUCCUGAACUGGCUACCAAGAUCCUUCUGCGUUACGGACUUGAAAAAGAGGACUUGGAGCAGCUGCUGUCUUACCCUGAAGACCAGAUCACCGCUAUGAAUCUGCCUUUUGUCUUACAACAAAUCCGCAUCGAGAAGGAAAAGAAAACUAGGUCCGAACGCUGCCCUGGAUCUCAGUCGGAUAACAUAAUUAGGUCUGAAGGGACACCGAUGUACCAGGGUAACAUUUCAGUGACAGACACCAGACUUUGUGGGACCACAGAGGCUGUGGAGACCAUUUGCAGCAGUGCUUUGUCGAUAGUUGAUGCUAACAGUAGCGGCCACCGUGAAAAACCGCAGCUAAAAGGCUCAUCAGAGGUGAAACGCUGCAGCUCCUCCUCUUUAUACAACCAGGACUGUCCCAACAGUCUGAGCUCAAUCAGGAACUCUGUGGCUCUUCCAACCAGUGCUCCAACCAGUGCUCCAACCAGCGCUCCAACCAGCGCUCCAACUGAUCAACCGCUCAACCAAACGAGCCAGACUUUACAAAACGCCUUCGAUUUGUUCCAACUACCAAAGCAAGACACCGACAUGAGAUUUCCCCUAAUCCUGUUUUUGAAUAACCAAAAAUCAAAUUCAGCACCAGAAACCCAAACGUCUGACACUGUAGUACCUCCUGACCCACGUGCCUUUGAGCUUGAUCAUAGUAUAAGUGUUUGUUUGAAUGAUGAAAAUGAAACUCAACAAAAAGAGUUAGAAGUUGUUGAACCUGAGAAGAAUCAUGACCAAGAGGAACAACCGCACCGACUGGAGCAACCAGAACCACAGAUGGAGAAAAUAACCCUGCCACAGAACUUAACUGCUACGAAACCAGCGUCUUCACCAUCCAUAGAAGUUGUUGUUCCUCCGGCUUCACCUCAACCACUCCCAAACCUGACGAUCCCUGCCCAGAUGCUUCAGAAAUCCUUCAGUUCUUCAGCUGGAGGGUCGGUCUUCAGGGGUCUGCCACCAGCAGCCAUGAUGGAAGACUACGCUGCGGCCACGCCAGAAACCUUUCCACAUACGUGUUCUCUUUGUAACCAACACUGCGUCAAUGUUAAGGAUUGGAUCUACCACCAGAAUUCCAGUCUUCAUCUUGAGAACUGCAAAUUCCUCCGCAAACAAUACCCAAGUUGGGAUGGCCAAAUUCCAUCACUUCAAAGUUUUUGUGAAAACGUUGCCCUCCAGUUUCCGUCGCCGUCUGCGCAGACCUUCCUGCAUCAUGACCAGAAAACCAGACCUGAGAGCCGCUCCAGGGCCGGUUCAAACAGCCCGUAUUACCAACCCUGCAGGAUGGCGGACAGAAGGGAUGAACCCAGAAGCCGAUCCUGUUCACCAAGUCCUUAUUACCACCAGACCCCCAUUAGCAGAAGAAGAAAACGCAGGAGCCGAUCAGGAGACUCUCAGAGCUCCAGAUUUACCUUCAGGUCUCGGUCUCCCUCUCCGUGGUACGAAACCCCAUCAUCCUCCCAUUAUCGAUCGCGUUCAAGGAGCCCAGAGAGUCGAUUGUCGCCCAGGAGGAGAGAGAAGAAACCGACAUCAAGGAUGAGCAGGAGGCGACCGACCGAAGAGAGGUCGUCCUAUAAACGAAGGAAACCAAGUACAGCAGAACGGCUGAUUAAGAGGCUGCUGAAAAUAUCAGCUGUGAAGUCUCUUUUGGAGCCACCGAAACUAAAAGUCGUGGUUAAAACUCUGGUUCCCGUGAUCCUGGCCGAGCUGAGGAAGAUGAAAUCCUCCUCAUCCUCUCGUUUGACGAUGAAAAGAUUAAAGAUGAAGUUAGCCAAAGCAAAGUCUGUCCUUCAGAGGAUGGAGUCCGAAUCUUCUACAAAACCUCAGGCAGUUGGUUGUUUUGAAGAUGAUGCAGAGAAACUGAAAAGGAUGAAGAGCCUCAACUCUAAAGGAGCACCGGUCUCUGUGGUCGCAGGAAAGGAUGUGGUUGUAAAGAAUCAGAAGAAAGCUCCACAGCAAAGACCCACGACGUCCACUCCCCUCAGACCACCAGUCGUCAAAUCUUCUCCCGACACAACAUCCGUUGCUCCAACUAAAACGCUUUCAGCUUUACUCCAAGAAAAAAAGACCAAAACCAGAAAACUUCUCUUAAAGGCAAAAAUCUUGGUUUCCAAAGCUAAAACCGUCUGUUCCAACGCUGCUGGGAGACGAGCUUCAGAGUGUCGGACAGCCAGGACUUAUUCUGGUAACUCCAAACUGAAACCAAGAACUAAAAACAGGGAAAUAAACAGAUCUUUAAAGGCUUCGAGGAAAAGAACUGAGUUUGUUGAGACGUUUGAAUCCAGAGGAACGGACAUGAAGCAGACGUGUCCGCCUGUUUGGAGCAAAGUUCAGCGUGUUGAGUCUAUAAGGAGCCUAAAGCGGCGUCUUCAAGAGUCCCGUCAGAUUUUAAAAAACCUGGAAGACGACAUCAAAACUGAGACAAAACCUGUUGAGGAGAACCCAGCCGCUCCAGUCCCAUCGAUGUCUGUAAAACCAGAACCAGUCGACGUCCCCGACGAGACCAGGUCCCGGUCCGGAGAGACCGAUCGUCUGUCUGAAGCUCCGUGGAGUUUGAUUAUCUGUUCUUCAGGAGCUGCUGAUGGACAGUUAGAGCUGGACCCAUCUGCCGGGAGACAGAAGUUCAACCAUCAAACCCAGAGUUUAAAGAUCGAAGAGGCGAAAGAAAAAAGGUUUGAAGACGACUGUAGACAUGAAGCUCGUCCAGAACUGGAGACGAGUUCUGGAAAAUCCCCCAUCGCAGACAAAGCUGAGAAGAAUCGAACUUCAAAGAGCGUGGACGAUGGAACCAGAGGAAAAACAGAAACCUCUAAAGACGUCCACCAGCCUCACAGAAACACAAACCGCAAUAAACCUGCAAAAGACUUUACUGAACGAGCACAGACUCUGAAUUCAGCUGACGAUCGGACCGCAGCAGACAUUAGAACCACAGAAGAAGAAGAGGCGAAGCCAACAGAGACGAACAAACUAACUUCAAUAAAACAUCAAACCAGGAGAACUUUUACAAGUAAAGAUGAAAGAAAAUCCCCAAAAAGACAGAACUUAAUGACUUCAAACACCAUGAAACCCGACGACGCAGCCGAAGCAAAGGAGCUAAAGAGACGAGGAGCAGCUAAAGAGCCGAAGAGGAGCAACAGGAGCCGAGGAGAGACGUGGCAGGAGGAGAUGGACGCAGAGCCUCAGGAAGGAGGGUCAGGUGGUCCGGGGUCUCACAGGGGGGUCUCAGACCUUCUUAUUCCAGACGGCGGAGCUGAGUUGCUGCCUCCUGAUUGGUUCCAUGAAGACUCGUCUGAUCCAUCAGGGGUUCAGAUCCAGGAACCGGAACCAGAAGGACACAACAGGAUUGAAGAUGUUGAACAGAGGAGGGACCCAAUCGGAUUAGAACGGGAUCAUCGUUCAGUCGACUUGAACCUGACGAGGUCCGACCCGCGACGCCCCGUCGGUGAGAAACCAGCUUCAGGUCAGGAGUUCGUGGUUCCAAAGUGGGGUUUCUUCUGCUCCCUGUGCUCCGUCUUCUACCUGAAGAGAGAGGGCAGGAGAGACGCGCACUGCUGCAGCCGCACGCACUACGACAACCUGCAGAAACUCUUCCAGAAGUACAAACAGGAAGUUUCAAAAGAUGCAACGAAGAAAUGUGGCAGCCUCACUUCGACUGAGGUAAAACUGAGUCGAUUAAAUGAACUUUAUAUCGAGACAAACAUGGAUUUUUAUCCUGUUUUGCUGCACAGGCUGCUGGGAUUUGUUAGAGGACCUCAGGAGGAGCUCUGUGGACCGACGGCGGGACCAAACUGGAUCUGUUUAAUUUAGGCUGCUCAGGCUGUAAAAAGGUGAAAGACUGAUCAGGAAUGGUUUUUUUUUUUUUAUUUAAAUGUAUUAUUUAUGGUAUUUAUCAGUUGGUGCUGAAUUUAAGUUUGAUUCAAACUAAAAUCUUGAGUUUAUGAUGAAUUUGUUUGUUUUAAUUCGUGAUGUCAAUCAUUUUUGUUUCCUGUAAUAAAAAAAACUUUCACAUCUGA